AUGCCCCACAUCACCCUGGCCCCAGACGUUCGCAGGCGACCGAGGCACGUCACAACCGAACACCCCACGCGAUGCAGCUCCGGGGACCGCAUUCGGGUAAAUAAAGACGCCAUCGCCCAGCAUGAAAGCGUUUCUAACAAAUUCGAUCCCCUAAGGAGUACACCAGCUGAAACACCUUUUAAAAGUGCCCUGGUCAUUGGAGAUUCUAUACUCAGGAACACUAACAUUGAGGCACCAAACACCAUAGUCGACUGUAUACCGGGAGCCAGAACGUCUGACAUUAGAUCCAAACUUAAAGUGCUGGCUAAUGCUAAGCGGAAGUUUUCUAAGAUUGUUAUUCACGCCGGCACGAAUGACACCAGACUCCGACAGUCGGAAAUCACCAAAGAUACUAUUAAGGAGAUGUGUGAAAUUGCAAAAACAAUGUCAGACAAUGUAAUAUGCUCUGGCCCCCUCCCCGCCUACCGGGGAGAUGAAACACAUAGUAGAUUAGUCUCUUUCAAUGGCUGGAUGUCAAAGUGGUGCCCUCAGCAUAAUGUAGGGUUUAUAGACAAUUGGAAGCAUUUCUGGGGAAGACCAUUCCUCCUAACCCGAGAUGGCCUUCAUCCGUCAUCGGAAGGAAGUGCUAUACUCACUAGAAAUCUGAUCAAUAGUCUUAAUUCUGAUAUAGUCUGA